GGUGACCAUAUAACCCAUCUCGACCCUCGUGAACCUCUGGCGGACACGAAAGUUAUCGGCGUUAUCGCAACCGCAACGUUCUCUCCGAAUCUACGUCACCGCAUAACGGCUUCCGCGGCUCGCCACGUCAGCUUGAACCGACCUUUUAUAAAGGAGUAUCUCGGUCAAUGGCGAACGGCCGGGCGAGGCGUAGCCUAAGCGUGGAACGAAUAAGAAGUCUAAAAUGCACCCGGAGUUGCAGUCACCCUUCCAUCGGAGGUUAAGUGCUCUGGCGAGACACCUUGAGGGAUCCCCUGCGUCAUCCAUGGCUUCUCAGAACCCUAACCAGACGAUAUCUGCCUCUCUUACUUCGGGCUAUUAUGGCGACUCUGUGUUUGCUCACCUUGUUCGUGCUCCCGAGGAUCCCAUUCUAGGAGUGACUGUUGCAUAUAAUAAAGAUUCAAGCCCGGUGAAGUUGAACUUGGGUGUUGGUGCUUAUAGAACGGAGGAAGGGAAACCUCUUGUGCUGAAUGUGGUCAGACGAGCAGAGCAGCAUCUUGUUAAUGACAAAUCUCGUGUCAAGGAAUAUCUUCCUAUUACUGGGCUAGCAGAAUUCAAUAAAUUGAGUGCUAAGCUCAUUUUUGGUGCUGAUAGCCCUGUUAUUCAAGAGAACAGGAUUACUACUGUCCAGGGCUUGUCUGGUACUGGCUCCCUGAGGGUUGGUGCUGAGUUUUUGGCAAAACAUUAUCACCAACACACAAUAUACAUCCCCCAACCCACAUGGGGAAACCACCCAAAGGUUUUCACUCUAGCAGGGUUGUCCGUGAAGACAUAUCGCUACUAUGAUCCAGCAACACGUGGGCUGGACUUCCAAGGUUUAGUUGAAGAUCUUGGUUCUGCACCACUUGGUGCAAUUGUGCUGCUUCAUGCAUGUGCUCAUAAUCCCACUGGCGUUGAUCCUACCAUUCAGCAGUGGGAGCAGAUCAGGCAGUUGAUGAGAUCGAAAGGGUUGUUACCUUUCUUUGAUAGUGCUUAUCAGGGUUUUGCAAGUGGUAGUCUGGAUGCGGAUGCACAGUCUGUUCGCAUGUUUGUUGCAGAUGGUGGGGAAUGCCUCGCAGCUCAAAGUUAUGCAAAAAAUAUGGGGCUCUAUGGGGAACGUGUUGGUGCCUUGAGCAUUGUUUGCAAGACAGCUGAUGUGGCAAGCAAGGUUGAGAGCCAGCUGAAACUUGUGAUCAGGCCCAUGUAUUCAAACCCACCCAUUCAUGGUGCAUCUAUUGUGGCUACUAUCCUCAAGGACAGAGAUUUGUACAAUGAAUGGACUGUGGAGCUGAAGGGAAUGGCUGACCGUAUUAUCAGCAUGCGCCAGCAGCUCUUUGAUGCUUUACAUGUUAGAGGUACACCUGGCGAUUGGAGCCACAUUAUCAAGCAGAUUGGAAUGUUCACUUUCACUGGACUGAACCCAGAGCAAGUUGCCUUCAUGACGAAAGAGUACCACAUCUACAUGACAUCUGACGGGAGGAUUAGCAUGGCAGGUCUGAGCUCCAAGAGAGUUGCCCAUCUUGCGGAUGCAAUACACGCUGCUGUCACUCGUGCCCUCUAAAACACUCAAUUUAUUUUAUUUUAUUUGUUGUUGUUGGGAGCCGUCUCUCUGGUUUUCCUUGCGCAGGCACUGUCGACAGUUCUGUGCUUUCUGUCUUUGUUGUAAAAUAAAUUGAAGGAAAAUGAAAAAUAUCCUCUAUACCUGUACACGUCCAAACCCAAAAACGUGAGCACAACCAUUCCUGGAUUUUGAGGAAUUUUUUAUUAAUAAUAAUAAAUAUUGUAUGA